UAGAUCUGUCAGUCGAAAGCAGUUGAUUGGAUUGUUGAUUCUUGUAGGGCAUAAAUGAUUGGUUCUUUCGUUAUAUACCAAUCGGAGUGUGGUAUUUAAAAUCAUCACGCAUUCAUUCAUCGCCGGAUAAUACCGUUCAAGGUAUCCGGAAGUCACCCACGAAGAAUGUCCGUGUAUUUUGUUAGUCCCAGUGAAACGGAAGUUGAACAAAAACCCGAAACCAAUGUUAACGAGGAACAAUGCCAAACACAGAGCGAGGCUCAGGCCGCUUUAACACAUUUUUGGCCAAAAGUUAUGGAUGAGAUCAAAUCUAUUGGAAAUAUGGACUUAAAACAACAAGUACUUCCUUUAGCACGCAUUAAGAAAAUAAUGAAGCUCGAUGAAGAUGUUAAAAUGAUUUCAGCAGAAGCCCCAUUGUUAUUUGCAAAAGCUGCUGAAAUAUUUAUUCACGAAUUAACAUUACGAUCAUGGAUACAUACUGAGGAUAAUAAAAGGAGAACGUUACAAAGAAAUGAUAUAGCAAUGGCGAUUACAAAAUUUGAUCAAUUUGAUUUUUUAAUUGAUAUAGUACCUAGGGAUGAUAUAAAACCAAGUAAACCCCGAGAAGAAACAACAAGAGCAGUUAAUUCAGAUCAAGUACACUAUUAUUUCCAAUUAGCUCAACAACAUCAUGCUUCAUUGCAAAAUUCCCCAUCACAAACAACAGCACCACCUGCUACAACAGCUCCAACACAAGGAACAAUUCAAAUUGUACAACCUCAACAGGUUCAAACUGUUCAAGUGAAUGCAAUAGAACAGAAUGCAACAACAGCUACAAAUACAAGUACAACUCAAACUCCAGUUAUGAUACAACAAACAGCUGUCCAACCAGCUUCACCAACAUCAAGUACAAAUGGAGGUAUUCAAAUUUUGCAGCAAAUUAUAUCACCAAGUGGGGAAAUUCAACAAAUUCCAAUACAACUUUCACCUCAACAAUUACAAAUGAUCCGUAUGCAACUUCAAAAUAAUUCAACCCAACCCUUAAUUAUACAAACAACUCCAAUUCAAACAGCGCCUCAACCUCAAUUGGUUCAAAUUGCUCAACAAGGAACGACAGGUCAACCAGUAUUUAUCACCCAAGCUAAUGGAACAACAGAAACAGAAUAAAUGGUUGUAUUAAGUUAAGGCAAAAGAAAAACGUUCUCUCUGUUAUUAUUUUACAGCAUUUUCCAUGUAUGUGUAAAACUCUCGUCGUAAUUUAAGCAAUUAUCUUGAUUUUUUGAUUAUGAUGGAAUGUAGAUUUUUUUUACGUGAAUAAAUAAAGUUAAUUAAUUUUAUAAAA